AUGGGGUUAAGGAAAAGCUACUAGGUGACACACCAGAUAGGCUAGCCCUAAGUAAUAUGCCGCCCUUACUAAAAGAACAAUAAAAUGUAUAAAUUAAAUAUAUAGAUAUUUAGAUAUAAUAAGGAAUAAUAUUAAUAAUAUAAUAUAACUUAAAAGUAAUAAUAUAAGUUAUUAACAAUCACAUAAAUGUAUAAGUAUGUACUAAAUGUAAAAAAAAAAUAAAUAUGAAAAUACAAUCACUAAUACAAAAUGUUUAAUUAUACAGAAAAGAGACACAUAAAUUCAUAAUUAUGGACUUCGAGUUCUCAAUGGUGAACAAGACAAGCAUGGUUGUCAUCUCCGGAGCUAUAUCCAAUAGCUUAGACCGAUUUAAGAUUAGGAAACUGGAGGGACGACCUCUUUUGCUACCACUUAACGAAGAAGCUCGACCUAUGGGUGAGACGGAGCUUCAGGUGGCAAUAAGAGAGAUAAAAAGAGUGUUCAGAGUAAAAACUGAUCUGAGAGAUGCUUGUCUGGACCAAAUGAAGCAGAGUUUGAGUUCGACGAAAAAUAACUUAACACGAGGAUAUAUUGACAGUUAUAUACGUAGAGGUAAUAAGGAGAAUGUGAUAGUAGUGUGGAACGGACAUUCGGACAAAAACAUUUUAAAAAGAUUAGAUUUAGACCAUUAUCCUAUGUUAAACAUAACGUGUUACGAUAAGUAUUUUAAUAAAAAUUUCUAUAUUCAGUUUGAAAAAUUAGGCAAUAAAGAAAUAAUUUUCGAAGUAGAUAUCGGUACAUAUAAUAAAACAGGAAGGCUACUUAAUUUAGUAGAGACCCAUGAUAUAAUAUGUAAAAAGAAACACCAUACUACGUAUGCGCAUGAUCCGAGAAUGGAUGUCAAGUAUACUAAAUGUAUAUUUGAUUAUGUGAUACGGAAACAGCGAUAUGAAAAUCUAAUAAAACAUUUCUAAAAAAAUAUAUAAACAAUAACAAUAAAAGUAGUAAUAAAACAAAAACAACGGUUACAUUAAUAAUCAAAAUACGAACGUAAAAUUUCUUUUUCAGAAAUUCAUAAUUCUAUAAAUUACAAAUCAACUCUACGAAAUAAAUAAUAACCAAUAAUGGAUAGAAUGGAGCAAUUAGCUUCGGCAAUAUCGUUUAACAUAGAAACGCAAUUUCAUAUUAAUCCAACACAGGGAGAAUGGCAUAAUUACACAGCUUGUUUUGAUUUUCAUAUAGUUACCGCUAAUGAAAAUAUACUCGUACCUUACGAGGA